ACGUUCCCCACCCUCUGCGAAAAACUAGAUCGUGCCGGAUAUGUAUUGAUUUUCAUGAGAGAGAGGUCACCCUCUGCGUUUCUCAAACAAAAACAUUGAACAGCUGAAGGUAACUUGCAUGAAAAGAGGCUAUAUAACUUAGAUCUUUUCAAAUAUUGCACUGUGAUUAUAAUUAGUUUUUUUUUCGAAGACAGACCUGAUUGUUUUUAAAUGUGUCAAACUUGAAAAUAUGUAAGCUGUUUUCCCGGAAAAUAAACGACUAAUACAUCCUUAUGUCUUUAUUUUGCUGUCCAAUAACUGGAAUUGGAGGAAGAAUGCUCAGUAUGAACUCAACUUUAGUAGAGACCGUAAGCAUUAACUAUGAAGAUUUUAACGAAAGUUUUCUUACCUGUGGCACCUGUUUGUGUAUGUACGAUGGAAACGAACACACUCCAAAGUUACUCCAGUGUUCACAUACAGUGUGUCUGCAUUGUCUCACCAGGAUUGCAGCUUCACAAACUAGAGACACCGGAUCCUUUCGAUGUCCAAUUUGUCGGGAGUUGAUUACUAUUCCUAGAGGGGGAGUAAGUGCACUACCGCCCUCAUUUUUAGUAAAUCAACUGUUGGAUUUAAUGUCCAGGCAAAGGCGCGAAGUAAUUCCAAACUGUUCAGUUCACAUCAACCAAGAGCUGCGAUUUUGCGAGACUUGCGACACAGUAUUCUGUAGGCUGUGUACAGGAGGAUCUCACAAUGACAGUACUAGUAGCUCUGAGCACAACAUCAUACCAUUCUCUAUUGCCAUCAAACGCAUGUCAGAAAUUUUGUUAUAUAAAGCAAACGAGUGUAUUUCAAAGUUAAGCCAAGCGCAAGAACAAGUUUCAUCAGAACUUGCCAGGUUGAAUACGGCAAAAGAGAAAUGUUUGGAACAGAUCGAUACUACUUUUCAGCUAAUACAAUUAGCGGUUGAUAAAAGAAAGCAAGAGAUGUUGGAUCAAGUGAAUCAAAUGUGUAACGAGAAGAAACGAGUGUUAGAGGAGCAACAUGGCUUAAUUGAAAAUGAGAAAAAUAAAGUCGAGCAAGAAUGCCAGGGUCUGCAGUACCAAGUUGAAGUUCGCAAUAUUACUCAGAAGAUUGAAAUACUGACUGAAAAACUAGAUACGGCAUUUAGUUUAGGAGAGCCUAGAGAAAACGCAUUUCUCACGUGUGAUUUUAGUCUUAAUGAUAGUUUGGAUCAAGUUCAGCAGCACUUAGGAAUAUUAGGGAAAGUUAGGUCUUCCACAACGUUUCCUAGUUUAUGCACUGCCCAAAUCGAGGACAACAUAAUUGCGGGGAUUGAGACUUGUAUUUCACUAAAUACUGUCGACUAUCAUGGUAAUUCCAGGAAAACGGGUGGGGAUCCGAUACAGGCUGAAAUAAUAGCGGUAUCGACUGAAGUAGGUCCUGACCCUACAUUUUUACUUAGAAUUCAAGACUGUGAUGAUGGUACUUACAAGAUAUUCUUCCGACCUAAAAAGGCGGGAAGAUAUGGUAUAAAACUAUCUGUGAUUGAAAGGGCUAUUAAAGAUAAUCCAUUGUUCUUCGACGUUUCGGAGCAUAACAAUCCUGUCGCGUCGUAUGGUAGUAGAGGAAGUGGCAAGGACGAGUUUAACCAACCAGUUGCCGUCGCAAUAGAUGAGAGAGAUCAGACUAUAUAUGUAUUAGAUACAGGCAAUUCAAGAAUAAAAGUUCUCAACGAGAAAUUUGAAUGUAUAAAGCAAGUAACAAAUGAAGGAUUAUUAGGAAGAAGUUGUACAGGUAUUGCAAUCUCAACCAAUGGAUUGAUUGUGGUUAACUGGAGAACCAAAAUAGUAACGGAAAUCACGACAGAUGGGGAAACUUUAAAGUCAUUUACUUAUAACGCCUUUCAAGAGCCUAUAGAUGUCGCGGUGGAUAGAAGCUACGGGCAUAUUUUGGUAGCUGAUAAUGGGCUAAGUUGCGUGUUUGUAUUUGAUGAGGAUGGAAAAAUUUUAUUUCAGGUUGGAAAAAAGGGAACCUUUGCUCUUAUUUCUGCCGUAUCGGUAGGUCCAACUGGUGAAAUUCUUGUUGCUGAUAGUAGAAUCCAAAUGUUUUCUGCAAAAGGCGACUUCAUGGAAGUGAUCUAUGAUGAAGGAAAAGGAAAAGGAAGAUUUGGAGGGAUAACAAUAGAUUCAGAAGGUCGUAUAGUCGCCAGUAGAACAGAACAAAAGGGACGCAGCUAUUUGCAAGUUCUGUCUUCGCAUGACAAAACAGUGAAUCAACACAUUGACUCCCAUGACUCAAAAUUAAAAAGACCUGGAGGAUGUGCUGUUACCAAUGAUAAUCACGUUGUUGUGGUCGAUCUUGGUAAUAACUGCAUAAAAAAAUAUAGAUAUUGGUAAAAUUAAAAGUGGAUUUGUAUAAUAUUUUACUUCUUGUACUCUUAAUUUUGACGGUUUUGUUAAAUAUCGCGGAUCUGUGUUUGGCCAAUUGACCUGAUUAAUAGUGGAAUAUUAAUAUUUACAAUUUUUUUGAGUUUUAAAAGCCCCAUGGUAUUAAGAGAGAGAAAAUGCCAUAGUUAUAACAAUAAUAUACAAUAAUGCGCUGCAAUAUCAAACUUCACCAAUUAAGGAAUUAAAAAACCUUAUUUAGACAUAACUUUAAAACUAGCAAAAGUAUUAAAUUCCGGUUUCAAAGCUUUUCGUUCAACUUUGGUCUUCUUUUCUAAUACAGUCAAAAACUUAAGUGUACCGCGUGAUUACAUUUUCCAAGUAAAAUAAUAAAAACUC